AUAUUUGUCUCUAGCUUUGUCUGGCGGCUUUCUCACGCUUCUGAAGCUAUUUUUGGCCCUUGGCUUCUAAAUACCGAAGACACGAUCAGCAACUUCAAUAAAGCUAAAUUUAUGCGGUAGCAAACGUUCAUUCUUGGAGAUACGGUAGCGUCGCCGUCAUGUCCAUAUCCGCCUCGGCUCCGACGCGCGUGAUGUCGACGCUGGGCCGUGACGUGAUGCCCGGUGACGCCGUGCUCGACUGUGACGCCAACGACGUCCAGGAAGAUGAGGUGGCAGAGCUGGUGGCCCUGUACGCCGACACCUGCGCCCUGCCCUGCGAGACGAUACUGUUCCUCGAGGAGAGCGUGCUGCCGGUGCUGGGCGACGCAUUCCGCGCCCUGGUCAUCGAGAUCCGUCGCCAGCGGUCUGUGGAGCGCGCCUACUCCCGUCUGAACGCGCUCGACUUCCUCACCUCGCACCUGUACUCCAACAACCCGCUGCACCCGGACAGACCGCCUCACGACGACCUGAUGCACACGGAGCUGGCGGCGCGCCUGCUCAAGUGCCGUCCGCGCCGGCCGCUGCCGCUGUGUCUGCGGCUGACUGACGAGCGGGCUGCCUCCGUGGUACAGCGCUGGUACCGCGGCUACCUGGUGCGCAGGAGGACGGACGUGGCGCAGCUGAGACAGUACCAGGCGCGCCUGAGGAGACUGGCACGGCAGGAGGGGGCGCCGACGGGACCGGUCGGACCCCAGCGACGGUCAGGAAGAGCCUGCCGCUAAAGAGGAGAGGGACUGAAGGAGGGACUUCCGAGACCGCGCCUGCCGCUAGUGAUGACUAACCGCGGCAGAGUGCAGUCCUUCCGAGUAUGGGAUAUAGCGUGGUGAGCGAAAUGCGGUGGCGAUGAGGGACUGAACUGGAAGGAUUGCCGACUGGCGCUGAACAAUCUUUCUCGACUCUCGAGUAUCCGUUAGGUAUGGUGUCGGUUUAUGAAGUUACGAUUGUGGAGUUCCUUUCACUCCUAAGUGAAAUGAUAUGAUUCGCUGUCUGCAAUAUAGCUGUUUAUUUG